UAUUAUUUUUCUUGAUACAGUUCAGGGAAGACCCCUCCUUCGCAAGUCAAUAAUGUCUGACUAUUCCCUGCUUGAUCAGGCUGAUGAAGAUGGCCUCCAUAAAUCGCGUCUUCUCAACGUCGAAGAGAAGCCAUACAAACGAAUAACCAAACGUCUCCUAACACCCAAUUCUCUAAUUUACAAUCCGCCAAAAUUUCCACUCACUCCGCCACCAGACGCCUCAGCAGCCGAUGAGGCUGCGGCGUCGCAGGAACGGGAAAAACAGAAUCAACUUGAAGAGCGCCGUCAAUGGCGAGAAGAUGUCCUAUUAGACUUUACCGCAUUCGAAAGCAGCAUAAUUCGGACCCAAUUUCUUCUUACGAGUAAUGCGCAAGAGCGCGAGCGCUAUGCAAAGGAGAAGCUGAAGAUUCUGGCCACUGCGCAAGCCGUGAAAGAGAAUACGGCCGAGCUACGCCAACAGCUGGAAGAAGCGCAGAAAACGCUUGCGCUGCGGAAAACCUACGACGAUCUCACUGAGAAAAUAACGAGUAACCGCAUGCUACGGCCCAGAGAAGAUCAGCAUGCGAACAUUGCGAAACUUAAUGCCGAGAUUGCUGAGCUGGAGCGAGAGUCUCGCGAGUAUGCGCAGACGUGGGCGGAGCGAAGAGAGCAAUUUGGUCGUAUCAUUGAGGAGGGUAUGCAGCUGAGACGCAUGAUUAGGGACGAGAAAGAAGAAGCAGAGAGAAGAGAAGGCAUGGAAGACCAAGAAGAAGGAGAGGAAGGGGAGGUGGGCGCCCAAAAAGGUGAAGGAAGCAGUGCGGUGGGCACGCCCAAGCCCGACGCCGAAGGGCUUACUCCGCUGCCGCAAGAUGGAGAAGGCUUGACGCCCGCUGCAUUGAUUAUGGAUAAACAUAGCCCACCUGGUCAGGCGCCGCUGAGGGGAAGUAGUCGUGCCCCUUCAACUGAUCGGGAUCGGGACGCUCAGAUGCAAGAGUCUCAGGAGACAGAGGAUGUCAGUAUGGCGGAUCAGGGGCAGACUACGGGAGGAACAGCGACGCCGCAGAUCCAAAUCACAGAAAAUGGAGCACCUGCUACGCCUGCUCCUUCUGGGACACUUCCAAACGGAGCGCCGGACAAGCAAACCAAUGUCCAGGGAAAUUCGGGGGAUAGGAUGGAUAUGACGUGAUGAGAAGGGGGAAAGCAGAGAGGAAAGGAGAAUCUGAAGAUAAAGAUUCAUCGGCGUAUCAAAGAUUGGUGGCGUAAGGCGUAUAUCAUAGCGACGCGAGGGAUUGGAAAACAUAUAUCUGCUCUGUAAUAUCAUUUCAUUUGCUUUCUUUCUUUUAUUUUGGUUUGAAAUCAUAAAUUAGAGCCGACAUCAUUUAAGCAACUUCCCGGAUGCUCACGCGAGCUUCUGCAAUGGCUUCCUUUGCUUUGUUGAUAUCCUCGACGGGGCUCGACUCGCCAGAUUCU